CAACUUCAAAGGCUAUGAGUAACUACCCGGAUGAAACAUAUAUAACAAUUUACCCAACAGUGCUCCAACAGUCGAGAGCUUAUUCUCCAUGGUAUUUCGGACGGUUUGCCAUCGUAUUCUUUUCAUGACCUAACCAAAAUGCAUCGCAUUGUAAUAUUCGCUGGUCUGGGCUCAGACUCACUGUUCUCGUCGACAACUUUAAAUACUGCGAAAGAAGAUGGAAGGCUUCCGGAGUCCCGCAUAAUUCUGCUGGCAGCUCAUGAAAUUUUCCGAAAUGAAAUUUCCCGAGCUGUUCAGCGGGGAUUCCUUCGGGCUGAUGAGAUCAACCUGGACGACUUCAAGGAACCCGAAACACUUAUUCAGCCUCCGGCAGAAUAUCAUCAUAAUCCCAUCAUCCAGCAUGUGACCCUCUACCUCGUACAGAUACUUCGGUAUAUACGUUGUUUCAGGAGCUCCGAUGAGGUACAUUUGCAUAGUGUGACCGGGUUUUGUGCAGGUUUGUUGGCAGCGGCUGUUGUCGCCACAUCCACAGAUAACAUUGAAUUUCUCUCUCGUGCCAACAACUUCUUUUAUGUUGCACUUAUUCUCGGUAUUCGUUGUCAAGUUUACCGAAGAAACGAAAUCCUCAAGACCCCUUGCUCACCAUCUCUGCCAUGGAGUAUUAUUGUAGAUGGUUUAUUAGUGGAUCGCAUAUAUGAUUUGAUCAAUGAGCCAACAAAUAGAUUCCCGAUCCAUGUCAGCGCUAUCAAUACACCCACCUGCGUUACCUUGAGUGGGAAAGGAGAUCAACUUCGACAAUUUAUUGCGGAAAAUGUUACAUCAGAAUGCAGAGUUAGAACAACAAACAUUUUUACUCUUUAUCACAGUCGGGAAAAGCUUUCGGACCUCUACCAUGAAACAGUCAAAGACCUUCAAUCUAGUGUCCCCAUUCUUUGGUCAACUUGCGCUUCUUUAAGAACACCGCUCAUUUCGACUACUGACGGCGAGCUAUGGACAUCAUUUUCAAAGGAGUCAUCUAAACUCAGCUGUGGAAGAAUAGCAGAAUGGGUCCUCGAGAUGAUACUUCUAGAACCAGUGGACUGGGUUGCGGUCCAGUCAUCCAUUGUAGCAGAGGCCAAGUUGGCCGUCUCAGAAAAUUCGGAAGAGUGUGAAAUAUUAAACUUUGGUCCUGGAUAUGGCAUGUCCAAAACCUCUCAUCUUUUGCCGGAUAAUGUGUAUAUCAUCGAUGCAUCUGCCGCCGGCACCUAUAACCCGCCAGACCAAUCUCAAGGCUUAUCCCUGAACGAUUUGGCGAUCGUCGGAAUGGCGAUCGACUUUCCUGGUGCUCCUGAUAUCGACAAGCUUUGGGAGAAGCUGUCGAAUGGAGAGAAUUCUUGCGCUGAAAUACCAUCUUCACGAUUUUUCAUUGAUGACUUCUACCACAAGAAAGAUCAAAAGGGUAAUCGGCACAACCGUUCUCUGAAUACGCGGUAUGGUAACUUUUUGGAAAAUCCUUUUUUGUUCGACAAUGGACUGUUUGACAUCUCCCCGCGAGAAGCCAACUCAAUGGACCCCCAGCAGCGGGUUAUGCUGCAGACUGCUUACCGGUCCCUAGAAAAUGCCGGCUAUGUGCCCGACUCUACACCUUCGUUUGCACGAGACACUUUUGGAUGUUUUAUUGGCAAUGCAACGAUUGACUAUACGGAUAAUUUACGUGAGGAUAUAGAUGUGUAUUACAGUCCAGGGACUCUUCGGGCUUUUCAAAGUGGACGUAUCUCAUACGUUUUCGGUUGGAGUGGACCGUCGAUUACAUUAGAUACUGCUUGCUCGUCGUCGAUGGUAGCCCUCCAUCAAGCCUCAAGAGCGCUCUUGGCAAACGAUUGUCGGGCGGCCUUGGUAGGUGGCGUCAACGUUAUAACCAGUCCAGACAUGUACUUAGGUCUUGAUCGGGCUCACUUCCUAAGUCCGAGUGGCCAAUGUAAAGCGUUCGACGCCUCUGCAGAUGGUUAUUGUCGGUCCGAAGGAUGUGGAGCAUUUGUAGUUAAAAAGCUGGGCGAUGCUCUCGCUGAAGAUGACCGAAUUCUAGCAGUCAUCCGAGGCAUCGAAGCAAAUCAAAGUGGAAAUGCUCAUUCCAUCACUCAUCCACACGUCCCAACGCAGGAGCAGUUAUUCGACUCUUUGUUUCGGAAAACAAAGAUUCACCCGCAUAAAGUUACGGUGGUUGAGACACACGGGACAGGCACUCAAGCAGGUGAUCCUAAUGAGGUACAAGCUUUACGAAAAGCCAUAUGUGAAGGACGAGAUCCCCAAAAUCUAUUACAUUUGACUUCAAUCAAGGCCAAUAUUGGUCACUGCGAGGCUGCAUCUGGGGCUGCAGCUCUUGCUAAAGUGAUUCUGAUGAUGAAGUACGGCAUGAUUCCACCGCAGAUCUCUCUGCAAACAUUAAACCCCAAGAUCCAGAACCUUGGCUCUGAUGGAGCGGUUAUCGAUCGCAAUGGUGCUCUGUGGAACCGGCAGAGUGGUCAUCCGCGAACCGCCUUGAUCAAUAAUUUCGGAGCAGCGGGGUCAAAUGUAGGCUUGAUUCUGCAAGAAUACAAAGCGGAAGAACGGCCACAAGAGACUUCUUCCUUCUCUCAACAGCGUUCUUACACAUUAGGGUUUUCUGCUAAGAAAAAGGGGGUAUUGGUUUCACUUCGGGACGCAUUGGUUUCAGCACUGGUCGCAGAGUCAAUCCAAGGUGAUCUUCGCGACAUAUGCUAUACGCUUACUGCUCGUCGUCAGUUAUAUGAUCAUCGUAUAUCUGUUACAGCAUCUUCUAUCCCACAGCUUGUUGAAAGACUUGAACAUGUUCAGCCUGAUGUCAUUUCGAAAUCACAAAAUGAUCAGGCAGAAGCAGUAUUUGUUUUCUCUGGACAAGGUUCUCAGUACCUAGGAAUGGGAAGAGAGCUCAUGCAUAUCUAUCCAUCGUUUGCGAAGGUGAUCUAUCAGUGCGACAAUCUUCUCACAGAGAGUGGGUUCCCGGGUUGCCUACAAAUUAUCGACCCUGAUAAGCAUGCCAUUGAAUCUGUUGAUGAGAUUUCUAUAUUGCAAGCUUUUCAGUCUGCUAUAUUUGCACUGGAAGUUGCCCUGGCUAAGCUGCUAAUAUCCUGGAACAUUGUGCCUACUGCUGUGCUGGGACACAGCCUCGGUGAAUAUGCCGCCCUAGUCAUCGCUGAUGUCCUCGAUCUACCGAGUGGAGUUCUUCUAGUUGCCCGACGCGCGCAGCUCAUGAUGCAGCUUUGCGAACUGCGUUUGACAUCCAUGCUGGCCGUCAACCUCGCUCCGACAGACGUGCUGCACGCAAUAGACAAUGACGAAAGGUAUGACAAACUGGAGAUUGCUUGUUGCAAUGGCGGCACAGAUUGUGUGGUAGGCGGUCCCCGCACUCAACUGCAGAAUCUCAAAGAACAUCUAGCGACUACUCGUCAAGUGAAGAGUAAAAUGCUCGACGUGCCCAUGGCGUAUCAUACGAGUGCUAUGGAUCCAAUGCUCGAAGAACUCACUUUGUACGCAAACACUGUGAACAUCUCGAAACCAAGGAUUCCAAUUGUGUCAAAUGUGUUGGGUCGAACAGUCCAACCUGGAGAGAAUGCUUUCACUCAAGAAUACUUUUCCAAACAUUGCCGAGAAACAGUGCAAUUUGACGCAGGAGUACAACACUUCCUAUCUACUAAGGCAGGCCACAGUACGCCACGAUGGGUAGAGGUCGGCCCACAUCCGUCUCUUUUGCCGUUAUUGGCAACGCGUCUCGAUAAGACAAAGACGACACUGUUGCCUUGUCUGCGAAAAGAUGUCCUACCAUCCAACACAAUAUCGCAACUUCUCAGUCAUUUUUACCAGAACACGAUAGGUAUACACUGGCGUCAUACUUUUGAUAGCUAUACCAAACCGCACUUGAUUGACCUCCCGGGUAUGCCAUUCAUCCAAGAGGAGUUUGGAGUUCACUAUCCACACGAAACUGAGGAUGCAACUCGUAGCUUACAGGAGAUGCUGCCGGUUCACAGGAAUGCUAAUAUAUUCAUUUCCAGCACAGUCCAAAGUUCUUCUGUGGCUGGAAACUACUCCGCAAUAUACGAAAUCCCUAUUCAGUUAUUAAAAGAUUUAAUUGAAGGACACAUUGUUUGCGACCACGCGCUGUGCCCAGCGUCAGUGUACCAUGAGAUCGCUCUUUCAGCCGUGCGAGAUAUUGAAGUGGACACAAAUGAUGACUUUGUUUGGUUCCUUUCCAAUAUAUCCUAUGUUUCGCCUCUCCUAUACAAUACUACAUCGACCUCCCUGGUCCGCAUCUUCAUGACCCGUGACGACGCAACGAUGGGGUAUAUGUUCACAGUGUCUUCAUAUUCUCAAGGAUCUGAUCCAAGUAAUGGUACAGUGCACUGCAAAGGGAGUAUUAAGCGAAAAUUGAGAAAGUCUGUGGAACAGAAAUACUCUCGCCGAGCACCGCAGCUGGAGCAAAAGAUUCAGUUCAUGUCCAAGAAUGCCGGUCUAUUAGCGCAGGACAUAUUUCUCACGAAAGCCAUGUAUGAAAAGGUUUUUACACGUGUAGUCACCUAUUCUGAGUUAUACCAGAAGGUGGAGUCGAUCCGUGUCAGUCACGAAGCCAAUGAGGCGAUUGCAGUUUGUCGUUUCCCCGCUUUUAUAGGGGACCAUCCCCUUGAUUCCCCAACUGGAGAGUCCAUUUUUAUGGAUGUUCUUCUACAUGUGGCAGGAUUUGUUGCAAAUCUCGCGAUUGGAAAUGAAGAGGCAUGUAUCUGUGUAGAGGUUAGUUCCGCCUCGGUUCUCCGCCAGCCACGACGUGCAGGUGAGCAAUUUUAUGUUCACUGUGUUAUUAUGGAAUCUUCUCCCGAAAAAAUCAUCAUCGCAGAUGCACAGGCAGUCGAUGCGCAAGGUGUCAUGGCAAUCUACAAAGGAAUGGUCUUUCAACGUAUAGAGUUGGCCAAAGUUCGACAAGCGUUCCAGAUCGCGUCGAGGAGGAUCCAACAGUCUUCUGAUACAUUGCACCAAGGCGGUAUCCAGCGGACCCAGCUGAAUCCAUCUUCUAGGGAAACAGCUGCAGCAAAACCGGUAUCUGUUCCAUCGUUGUCAAUUGGAACGGCUAUCAAGGAUCUUGUGGCCAAGACCUGUAGUUCGGACCCGGCGUCUAUAUUUGCAGACUCUAGCUUGGAAGCUCUUGGAAUUGACUCCUUGAUGAUGAUGGAACUUGAGUCGCAGCUAUUGGAGUUUUAUCCCCAGUUGACCAUCUCUGCUUUAUCUCAGUGUAAAACAGUGGGCGAUAUUGAGACUAUAUGUGGGCACAAAGAGACACACGAGCCCGCAACCGCACGUACCGUGGCAUUCCAAGGUUCAGAUACUGAAGAUAGCAUACCAACGCCACCAGAUCAAAGUAUUCUUGCCAGAACUAUCAUCGCUGAGACAUGCGGAGCCAAUGCGCAUUCCAUCACCUCAAGCUCAGAACUCCAAGCACUAGGCAUUGACUCACUUAUGAUAUUCGAACUAGAAUCCCGUCUUCUGGAAAUCUGUCAAUCUCGGCACCUUUCGUCCUCCGAAUUAUCAGGUUGUCGUACGGUGGGAGAUGUAGAGAAACUGAUUGAACGCAAUCACAAUGUCCCAAAAUUGUACAGCUCUGAGGGACGAAAAAGUCCAAAUUCCACUGCAUCCAGUAACAUGACAUCUACGGCCCUCACAACUAUUCACACACCCAUUACUCCUUUCUCUGAUUCCGAAGGAACCCCGGAUCUCCUGAUCAUAGAGAAGAUCUCUCGUGCCUUCCGUUUAGGCGAACAACCGGAAAUCGUUCAGCCUUCGGGUUCGUCCGUCAUGCACACCAAUGCUAUCAGGGCUCCCCUUUUCCUCUUCCAUGAUGGAAGCGGAAUAUGCAUUCAGUAUCAUCGCCUUUUUCCACUUCAACGCCCCGUUUAUGCUUUGCAUGAUCCGAAAUUUCUUGACAGACAGGAAGGCUGGAGUGAUCUUGCCGCUAUGGCUAAUCACUACGUCUCUGAAAUUUUGCGCACAUGUCGUAGCCCCUAUCUCCUAGGUGGUUGGUCCUUUGGAGGUGUGGUCGCCUUUGAGGUUGCUCGCCGGUUGCUAGCCAGCAAUUAUUCUGUAGUUGGUGUUGUGCUAAUCGAUUCGCCACCGCCACUCAACCAUCAGCCUUUGUCGGAGCGGAUUAUUGAAGCUGUGACUGGCGGAGGAAAUUAUUCCGGGAAUGAGACCAAAGAAGCCGUCUAUAAACUAACAACUCGAAGUUUUGCUGCAUGCGCGAAGAUGUUAGGCGCUUUUACACCUGAUAUGGGAAUUUAUCCUGCAACACCGCGUUUAUUUUUACUCCGCUCAAAUAAGGGUUGGGAGUUCCCUUCUAUGUCCGAGGAAAUUGAAAAUCCCUGGCUACAAGAUCGUUCAAACCCGAGGACUGCAGUGUCUGGAUGGGAAUUACUUACGAAAUCCAAUGUUCUUAUGAGAGACAUUCCGGGAGAUCAUUUUGGGGUCUUUGAUGCAAAGAACAUUAGUGAAGUCUCAGCUGCUGUCCAGCAUGCUUGCGACGAACUAGAAGAGCAAUACUGUUCUUCUCCAGGGUGAAUUUUACUUUUACUUUGCGUUUUUUGGCGUUCCGCGCUUUGCCGGGUAUUGGUAUUUUGAUCACCUGGCUACUUAUUGCUUCCUUCCUUGUGAGUCUUGAUUCCGAGACUCCCUAGGUUAAAGCCUGAGAAUAUAGCGACUACAUUAUUCCAUUCUAGAAUAGACUGCCGACUUGACAUAGUUCAUUAUGUAUUAUUGAUUCCUUCAAAAUAGUGAUGUACUCUUUUGUGAAAGGAGAAGAAGUAUUCAAUUA